AUGUAUUCUGUACUGAGUGCCACCGCUUUUUUUCUGGCCACUUCCAGCGCCCUCGCUCAUCCCACUACACAUUCUGAGGACCCAGCUGUUCACAUCAAGAAUGGAACAAUUGUUGGGAAACAUGUUGAGUCCUAUGGGCAGGACCAGUUCUUGGGCAUUCCAUAUGCGCAGCCACCCAUGGGAGAUUUGCGUUUCAAUUUGCCGCAGCCUCUGAACCAGACAUGGGAUGCUCCCCUGAAUGCAACGGACUAUGGCCCUAUGUGCGUCAAUUACCUUCUCCCUAUCAUCUUGGACCCCAAAGACAUUACCUACCCGCAAAGCGAGGACUGUCUCACCGUCAACGUUGUGAGACCUGCUGGGACCACUAGCGAGUCAAAAAUUCCGGUCUUGGCUUUCAUCCAUGGAGGGGGCUAUCAAGAGGGCGGUUCCUCUGAUGGUCGUUAUAAUACUUCAUUCAUGGUCCAAAACUCUGUCAAAAUGGAACAGCCAACAAUCAUGGUUACUUUCAACUAUCGCCUUCAGGGAUUCGGUUUCUUGCCCGGAGACGAAGUCAGAGGGCAAGGAUUAUUGAAUCUUGCAUUGCGUGACCAAAGACUCGCGCUAUCAUGGAUUCAAGAAAACAUUGGGGCGUUCGGAGGUGACUCUAAGAAAGUUACCAUCCAAGGAGAGUCCGUUGGUGCCAUCUCCGUAGGCUAUCAUCUGUUAGCUUAUGGUGGGCGCGAUGAUGGUCUCUUUCAGGCCGCAAUUUGUGAAAGUGGCGGACCAUGGUAUUUCGGUACUUACCAUUCAAGUGAGACGAAUGAAGCAACAUACCAAUCUGUCUUGGCGGCGACCAAUUGUACAGAUGCUCACGACACACUCUCAUGCCUUCGUACUGCCCCCUUCGAUGUCUUGAAUACUACCUUCUCAGCACUCGCGGAUGAAUUCCCUUUCCUACCAACUGUCGAUGGCAUGCUCGUGCCUGAGUAUAACUCGGUUGCUCUUGCCAAUAACAAGUUUGUCAAAGUUCCGCUCUUGAUUGGAGCCAACACAGACGAAGGGAAGAUCUUUUCUGGUACGGGUGUCAAUACAAGUGAAGAAUUCAGAGCGUAUAUUGAGCAAUAUCCUUACACCUACACGUCAAACAACCAAACUGUGGACCUCCUUAUGGAGGCUUACCCUUACCCUGGUUCAAACUCAACCCAUGGACAGUCAGAUGAUACGAUUACCCCUCCUUCGCCAUAUGGAGCCCAAUUCAUGCGUGUGGCCAGAUACACGGGCGACCUCAUGUUCAUUGCCGGGCGGCGGUACACCUGUGAAGUCUGGACAAAUAAUGGUGUGCCAUGCUAUAGCUACCGUUUCAACACUAUUCCUGGCACGGUCGAUCCGGUAACCUACGGCGCAACUCAUUACCAAGAUAUAUACUUUGUCUUUGAUGAUGUUAUUGGGACUGGUUUGGAUGAAAGUGUCUACAAUGUCACGCCUUUGGCUCGUGAGAAGAGAUAUGAAGAACUGGGUCAACUUAUGAGUAGAAUGUGGAUGAGCUUUGCUGGCACGCACAGUCCCAAUCAUCACAAAAUCGAAUCAUUCAAAACAAUCUGGCCACAGUAUGCCCUUGAUGCCCCAAAGAACAUGGUUUUCGAUGGAAAUACGACUAGCUUUGUUGAGAAUGACGAUUGGCGUACCGAUGCUCUGAAGCUCAUCAUCGACAGUGCAAUGGACUUUUCCCGUUAA